AUUAUUUAUAUAUUCUCUGUAUUUAUUUCGUUAUAUCAAAGUGAUAAUUGUUACAAUAUCAGUCGUACAACAGAAACUACAGCAACGAAAAGCACUUUGUUCUGUCUCAUUUCCCAACUAAACGCCAUUCCUUAAGCAUUGAGUGCAUCGUUGAUCAGCUCCACUCCUGUUUUUCACAACCGUCCUUGACUAAUAUUGAUACAAUUAGAAAUGUUCAAUGCACAUAAUAUACAACUUCCAGAAACAAUUGCCAAACGCGUAGAUCCUACCUACAGUAAACAAUUGCAAGCAAGGUUGAAACGAUUAUUGAAUUGGCAAAGCGAAGGAUUUCCAGGCUCGCGGCCAAUAACCUUUGAAUCGAAACAUCUGAGAGAUAUUGAACGCGAAGAUUAUUUCGUAACUGAAAAAGCAGAUGGAAUACGCUAUUUACUGUAUUUCGUGCACUCGCCGAAAGGCCCUGCAUCAUUUUUAUUUGAUAGGAACCAAGUGUGGUAUUACGUACCCAACUUGUUAUUCCCACUGAGAGGUAGAGAAAACGAAUUUCUGACAGAGACUUUGAUGGACGGUGAAUUAGUGUUGGAUAUUGAUGCAGAUAAAAAAACUUGGAGAUACCUUAUAUUCGAUUUGAUGGUUGUGAAUGGAUCACCGAUAUUACAAAGAUCAUUUAAUACUAGAUUGGGUAUGCUACAACAAGACGUUAUUCAACCGUUCAACAGCAAUCUCAAACUUAUUUCAGAAUUAAAUAAACUACCCCCUUUCACUGUUGAAUUGAAGAAAAUGGAAAGAGCUUAUGGUUUACGAGUGUUAUUGGAUCAAAUACCGAAGUUAAAACAUAAAAGCAAUGGUAUUAUUUGGAUACCUGUCAAAUGUCCGUAUACACCUGGAAAGUGUAAUAAACUACUAAAAUGGAAGCCACCUGAAUCAAACCUCGCCAAUUUCAGGAUUUCGGCAAAGUGGAGCAAAGAGCAUAAACCUAUCUAUUCGAUCGAGCUUCUAUCCAAUGGUGGUAUAACUUAUAAAUUCUAUGACCAUUUCCAACCUGAUGCUGAGAUAGCUGCAGUAUGGAAGAAUAAUUUACCAGACGGACGAAUAGGUGAAUUUAGAUACGAUGCAACAUGCGAAGUAACAAUAAUUGAACAGGGUUAUGCGCCAACAGUAAGAAAGGGCGGAUGGAGAUUUGUAGGAUUUAAAGAUGAUAACGCCACGGUCAUUAGGGAAACAGCGAUAAAGCAGAUUCUCAGAAAUGUACACCAUGGAAUAUCGAAAGAUGAGCUGCUGGCUAGUAUGGAUAGGGUGCGUGCUGCUUGGAAAGCCAGAGAAAAAGGUUUAGCUAUGCCUCCUUUGUCAGCAAACGCAUCGUUAUCUUCAUCAGCGACAGAACCUUCAUGCCAACAACUACCACAACAUUUACCACAUACAUCAGGAAUUCCUGUUAAUACCAACUCUUCGUCGCCAACAGCCAAACCAACUGCAGUAUCAAAAUCCUCACCAAUUACUACUGCUGCCUCCAAUGAUAAUGAUGAUAAUAGAGAUAGUGUUCAGAAUGAUAAUUCGGUGAUUAGCGGUCAGAACGUAAAGCCAUCUGCAACAUUUACAACGCAAAAGAGAAAACUAAGUCAAGAAAAAAAAUACGUACGGGGGUUUACAGAAAAAAGCAAAGGCGACAUUAUCUCUAGUCCAAAAGACAGAAAGAAGUCUAAGUCCAGCAUCACUGAAGAGGAACAAAACACGAUAUACGAAGCUUCUGCGAACAGUACUACGCUCUAUAAUAUACCCCAAACGUCAAACCGGGAAUCUUCCUCAGCAUCAGCAGUUUUAAGCUCUCCAUCAGCAGCCCAUCAGCACAAACCAGAUACCGUGGCGUGCAACAACAUUUCAGAAGAUCUUAAAGCAAAAGAUCUAAACAAGCAUAUUACAUCUCCAACGGCAUCAAUACAGUCGGACAAAAGUCUAAACAGUAGUAACAUCAGUACUUUCACAUUUGGGACGGGUAAUCGUAGAUCGAAGAGUAUCUCAGAUUUAAUAAACCAUGAAGUGAUCAGUGAUACUUCUUCUUCGACCUCAUCUUCAGUAAAUUCACCAAGAAAAACGAAGAAGACUAGACAUUACAGUAUACACAAUUUAUUAGUAGCGCCCUCUGUUGAUGAUAGUCAAGAACUUCAUACGUCUUCCGAUCAACAACAACAUCAGCAGCCUCAACCUCAGCAGAAGCAGCCUGUUCAGUUCAUUAAUUAUCACGCUGAAGAAAGGCAAUCGACAACAAAUAAUAACAGAAAUAUCCUCAUCAUUCGAAGUGAAUCUCAAUCUGAGCCAUCCAUCCAGAUACCAUCGUCGUACAAACAUCAGCAGCAACCUUUACAAAAACAUGUCGAAACGCCUAAUUCUAAGCUUAACAAUAGCUCUCUGAAAUAUUUUAAUGCUGAUGAUGAGCAAAUCAAGAGAAACUAUCAAAAUGACAGGACAAGCGAUUGCACUGAUGAUACUGGAAAAUAUGUUCGUUUAACAUCUUUGCCAGAAAGUCAAGCUACAUCCGAUUCAAUAUUCCAACAACAAAAUUUAGAGGAGCACCUUCCUUAUCAAAACAAGCACCAUUAUCGUUCUUACGGUUCUCCAACAUCUUACGUGCAAACUCCAUCACAAUCUUCACGGUCAUCAACACUUCCUUUAUCGUCCAAUAUCUACCAACACCAGCCAAUAGCAUCUUCAGGUGCCUUGGCUCAUCAACAACAACAAUUCUCUGAUCUGUCAGACCUUCAAUCUUAUGAUCGGUCGGCACCAAUGCCCCCGUCCCAUUCUUAUCAAAACACUCAUCCUGAUUAUUACCAUCGUCGGCAGCAACGGCAAAAUUCUGAGCAAUUGCCGGCUUUUGAAUAUGCACAGAAUUCAUCGCAGCAGCAACGCCUGUCAUUGCCCCCAACGUUGUCACAACCUGUAACCCAUUCACCAUAUCAAUCUAUUUUACAGCCACACCAAUUGCAGCCCCAGAUACAAUCGUACCCAGUCGCCACAUCCAAAGCCAAGAGAAAAGAUAGUCAAAAGGCAAAACUUGACUUUAUUCUUAACUAAUGUUGACCGACUUCCAUCUAAAUCGUUAUUUCAUUCUUCUUCUCUUCUAAAAACUUCGCAUAUAAAUCAGCUCUACUUCUACCCUUACUAUCAUUAUUAUUUAGCACUAUAAUUACUACUAUUACCAUCAUUAGCACAAAUUUGGAGAAUCGAAACGUAUGAAAAAUCCUCCAUACUAAGACUCUAUGACAUCAGUAAAAUUGAUUCCUC